CGCACGGAAUGUGCCCUCCCAUUCCAAUCUGAUAGGGUCACUGCCGCCUCACACUCUCCGUAUGAAGAACAAACGACAUGAUUGGAUAAAUAGUCACAGGGGCGGGACGGUGAGUUUGGGACUGAGGAUAACUUUAUCUACCCGCACACUAAAGAGAUUAGUCGGGUUUAGUUAGUAUGGGGCCGCUGGGACUGGCGGGUAUCUGAUUAACCCUGGGAUAUACAGUAGAUUGAUACAGUGUGGGUGAGGGGAGCUGGGAGAUAUCUGUGCGGUACAUAGAUAUGUAGGGAAUUGUCUCCCAUCCCUUACUGAGCAGCUCUCACUCCCACCUCCCAAGCCCCCGGGACCAUUGGUUUGUAGCCGGAGCAGGGAACUCUGGGAACUUCCGCACAGGAGCCAAUGGGAAUGUGGGAGGAAGCGAGUGACCCAGUGAUGGGGAAGAAGGAUAAAAAUGAGGAGCGGAAGGAGAGAAUCCUGAAUCUCACACUGGAGAUUAUCUAUCUGCUGACUGGAGAGGGCUACGUCAUCCCUAAGAAGAAGAGCCCAACUGUGGGUUUGGGGGCCCUGCAUGCCCCUGGCUCCGUCAUACAGAAGGAAAAUGACAAGAAGAUCCUGGAACUCAUCUCCAACAUCAUCCAGCUGCUGACUGGAGAGGUUGCCAUAAGGUGUGAGGAGGUUUCCGUCUAUUUUUCCUUGGAGGAGUGGGAGUAUAUAAAGGAAAACAAGGCCCUUUACAGGGAAGGGAUAAAGGAGGAGGAGGAGCCCCAACAGCUCCGCCCACUUGACGGUGAAUAUGAAGAUAAGAGAGAGAUUCCAGCUGAUCUGGGAGGAACAUUUUGUUAUAUUAAUGAGCCAAGCAAGAUUGGGGCUGAAGGAGCAGAUAUUUGUGCCGACAAAAAUCUGACAAAUGCUGAAAUUUCUCCAGCGGAACAGCCCCCACCGGCCAAUGAGAUUAAAGAGGAGGCGGCUUCAUGUGAGGAAGCGGCUUCAUGGGAAGGGGAAAACCAAUCAGAUUGCAGCAUUAAUCCACUUACAGAACAGAUACAGGGAACAGACACACCUACUGCUAUCAUGGGGUGCAGUCUGAAUAACAGCUCGGCAGAGGAUGAUACAUUGGUUGUUAUUAAAGAGGAAGAAUCUUCAUGCGAAGGGGAAAACCAUGUAUCAAAUGGGAUUAAAGAGGAAGCGGCUUCAUGGGAAGGGGAAAACCAAUCAGAUUGCAGCAUUAAUCCACUUACAGAACAGAUACAGGGAACAGACACACCUACUCCCAACACAAAGACGUGUAAGUGUUCUGAGUUACAUAAACAUUGUAAAACUAAGGCCGAUUUUCUCAAGCACCAGAAAACUCACACAGGGGUAAAACCAUUUGUCUGUUCUGUGUGUGAGAAACGUUUUUUGUGGGAAACAGACUAUAUUGUACAUAAGAGAAGUCACACAGGAGAGAAACUGUUCUCCUGUUCUGAAUGUGGAAAAAGGUUUCGCCAACGUCUACAUCUUAUUGAGCAUCACAGAACCCACACAGGAGAGAAACCCUAUUCCUGUUCUGACUGUGGGAAAAGUUUUUCACGCAGUUCAGACUUCAACAGACACUGCAGAAUUCACAGACUAGAGAAAUUAUGUAUUUGCUCCCAAUGUAACAAACAGUUCUCGUCUCACUCAGAGCUUAUUGUGCAUCAAAGUAGUCACGUGGGAAAGGGACCAUAUUCUUGUUCUGAAUGUGAGAAACGUUUUAACUGUCCCUCAAAACUUACAAUACAUCAGAGAAGCCAUACCGGAGAGAGGCCUUAUUCAUGUUCUGAAUGUGGGAAGGGCUUUAAAGAUCGUAUGACUCUCCGAGCCCAUCUAAGAAGUCACACAGGGGAGAAACCAUUCACUUGUUCUCAGUGUGAGAAAUGUUAUGCUCGUCGCUCAGAUCUUAACAAACACCUGGCCUUUCACAAAGGAGAAAAACCAUUCACUUGUUCUCAAUGUGAAAAAUGUUUCACUCAUCGCUCAGAUCUUAACAGACACCUGAAAUCUCAUAAUGAAGAAAAACCAUUUUCUUGUUCUCAGUGUGGGAAAUGUUUCACUCAUCGCUCGGAUCUUAACAGACACCUGAAAUCUCAUAGAGAAAGACCAUUUUCUUGCUCUCAAUGUCUGAAAAAUUUCAGUUCUUCUUCACAGCUUACUGCACAUCUCAGGGUUCACUCAGGAGAGAGUCCUUACUCUUGUACUGAGUGUGGGAAAGGUUUUAAACAUCCCUCAUACCUUGUUGCACACCAACGAAUUCACACAGGGGAGAAACCAUUUGUUUGCAAUGAAUGUGGGGAAUGUUUUUUGUAUCGUUAUCAGCUCGGUGCACAUUAUCUGUUACACGCAGGGAAGAAACCAUUGCCUGACAUUAACUGUACUGAUACACAGUGAGUAACAUACGAUUAUGACACUAUCAAAUUAUGAUUCCUUUUGGUUAAUGUAUUCUUAAUCUUCAAUAAAUAUUUAAUCUGCAAAGGUAAAACUACACGGAAUAUUCUGUAUAAGGGGUUGGAUGGACAGAUUGCAUCCUGCACGUCAGAGGGAGUUGCACAACUCAAAAAAUAAGUGUCGGCUACAGAAAACAUUAUUCUGGGUGACUGUCGGAAAACUGCAACCCAUGUGUUUAUCCAACACAAUAAGAUCUGAUGCAGUCUGAAUUUUCCCUCGUCACACAAACAACCACUAAUUUUUCCCAUCUUGAAAACACCUUCCCUUAAUCCCAGCUCCCUCACCAGCUAUUGUCUGGUUUCCCUUCCCCCGUUUGCAUUCAAACUGUUAGAAAAUCUUGUCUACAACUGCCUGGUCCACCAUCUCACUCACAGCUCUUUCCCGACACCCUGCAAUCUGGAUUCCCCCCCCACCAACACAAUCAACAGGAACUGCUCCCACCAAAGUAACCAAUGAUUUUUUCCUGGCUAAGUCUAAAGGUGAUUAUUUCAUACUAAUGCUCUGCAGCCUUUGACACAGUUGACCACCCAGUCCUCCCACACAUUCUGUACUCAGUUGUUAUUCAUGACACUGCUCUAUAUUAGUUUAAAUCUUAUCUUUCUGACCAUUUCUUAAAGUUGCUUUCUCUAACUCUACCUCUACCUCUUUGCCUAUCUCUGUUCCCCAGGGCUUUGCCUUAGGCCCCUGGUCUCACUCUAUACAACCUCUCUAGUGAAACGUAUUCAUUCAUUUGGAUUUCAGUACCACCUGUAUGCCAAUGAGAGCAAACUCUACCUGUCUCCUCCGCACCUCUCUCCUCCCGUCCUUUCCCAAGUUACAGACUGUCUAUCUGGUCUUUCCUCCUGGGUGUCACAGCACCAUCUUUCAAGCAACCACUCGUGCACACUGCCUAGGAAUUAUCUUGGACUCCCACCUGUCUGUUACACCACACAGCCAAUCACUUGCCAACUUAAGUCAUACUCAACUGUGCAACACUGCCCCAAUAGGCCCUUACCUCUGUUUAGACACAACUAAACCACUCAUCCAGUCUCUUAUUUCCCUUUCUUAUUACCUUUCACAACUAGUCCACAAACUGGUUAAAAUGCUGCUGCCAGACUCAUUCAUCAAUCUCACCAUUCUAAAUCAGCAGCUCCCCCGUGCAUAUCCACUCACUGGCUCCCAAUCUCCUC